GAGGGACGUGGGCGAAGGCGCGAGGAAAGCGGCGAAUAAGUUGGGAACGGGAGAGGGAGUGAAUGCCGCGGCGGAGCAUGAUCUGUUGCAGACGGAGCAAGAAAACAGGAACUACGACAGCGAUAGCAUAAUGGACGAGGAGGAAAUGCGCUGCAAUGCCGCUGCCCUUGAAACAGCUGUGCAGGAGGAGCAGCGGCUGAAGAAGCAAAUCGAAGAGACGGAGAAAGCAGAGAUUCAGGUGGAGGACGUGGAGUGCGAGGAGGAGGGCAGCGAGGCCUCGGAGGCGACGGAGGGCGGCGCCACCUCGCCCGUCACGCCCACCAUCGACACCAUUCUGUCCUCGCUUAGUUGGGCUGACCAGGUUGAUGCCAUGGAGUCACUAGAGGAGUUGCGACAUCCUGGCAGGGUUUUGCACAUCCAUGAGAAGCUGUCAUCACCCUCAAGGAAGCGCUCCUUGUCUGAAAAAAUGAGGCGUCAUGAGGAGAAGUUGGCCAAAGCUCAGGAAUUACGGGAGAAGCUCAUUCAGGCAAAAACUGAUAAGCUUAAAGAUUUAUUCAAGAAGAUUGAAGAAGUCCGUCAAGAUAAGGAAUUGCUUCUGGGUGAGAAGAGAGAUCUGUUCCAACGGAAGAUGAAAAGAGCCGAAGAGAAGAGACGACAGCACUUACAGGAGAUCAUAAACAAAGCUCAUGAUGAGGAAAAUAAAGCAAAGGAAAUUGCUUUCAUUAAUGGGCUAGAAGCUAAAAAUAAGUUGCAUGACAUUAUGCAGCAGCAUCAGAGCCAUGAAUCUCGUUUGGCUGACAUGGCUGAGGAGAGAACAAGAAGACAGGAAGAAAAGGCAGCAAAGGAAAUGGCAGCUCAGGAGAGAAGGAAAGCUCUUGAAGCAGAGAGACAGGCUCGUAUGGCUGAACUUUGUGAGAAGCGGAGAAGACGAUGUGAACGCAUUGACCGGAGACAGGCUGAGCGGCGAGAGGAGUUGCUGGAACAGGCGAGGGAGAAAGCAAGAGACCGAGAAGAGAGAUUGUCUGCACUUCAGCAAAUAUGAAACCAAAAAACUUUGCACUCUCUGUAACUCCCUGAUAACAAGUGAAGUAUACCUGUUGAGUCACCUCCGCGGCCGACACCACCAAGAAGCCCUAAGGGCACUUCACCAAGGUGGCGACAUUUCCAAUGAGGACAGUGAAACCUAUAAUCUCAAACACAUCAUAGAUGCCCCGGCCAAUAUUGAUGAUCCACAGGUGACAAGAGACAAAGAGAGACAAAAAGCGUUGAAGCGAAGGUGCAAAAAAAUCCGCACUCGGAUGACGACAAGAGGCAAGGAGUAUGAGACUACUUUCAAGCCUACAACGUUGAAGGACUCCCCCAAUAAGUUACGCAUAAUGAAGGCCUUGCAACAAAUUGUCAAGCUCGUUGCAAACCAGGGAUCUGGUCCGUGGCUCACUGCUGAUUUGACCGCCUUAGACAGACCGCUGUUGGAGCUCCUGAGAAUACUAGAGAAGAAAGAGAAGCUUGAUCAGGCAAUGUUCAGUGCACAAAAUGGGUUCGUGAAAUUGAAUUCGGUUCUGAAAGUGAUACUCGACGCCACAGAGCAGAGGCCAUGUGUAUUGCCUGCCAAAUCCCUUGGGUUCUGUGGACGUGUGUUGCUGGGUGCCUGCAGGAACAACCCAGAUAAUUGCCGCUAUAUCUUAUACUCCAAUCUGGCAGGAACUCUGAUUGAUUAUCUCAUGCAGCGACUGAAUGAAUUGGUAAUUGAAACGACAAGAGUGGGGAGCAAUGGCAGUAUAAAUACCAUUGUUAAUCUUCCUUCAGAUGCCGCAAUUGGUGCAAUGUUUGAGGUUCUUGCGGAGAUGGCACAGGUGCUGUGUGACUCCGACUUGAAGUCUGGUUUGUCAUCGCAAGAUCAGUCUCAGAAGGAUCAGGCAGAAACUACCUGGCUAAGAAUACAGGAUGUAGUAAGCUAUUGUGUCAGUGUGGGACUGGCAGACAAAAUCUCAUGGUACUUCAGCCAUGUGCAGGGGCCUCUGGACAAUGAUGUAGGUGUUGUAGAGAUCAUACUUGCAGCUAUGAGGCACAUCUCUGCACUUGCAAAGUGCCUCUCCUUCAGGUCACUGCCUGACGACCCAACACAGCUGAUUGGCACUUUGCAUGUGACUGAUGCAUGUGGAGUUGUAAGUCUCCUAUAUGGCCUGCUUUUGCAUCAGGGAGGUAGGUCAUCCAUGGCGCAGGCUCCAGCAAAGCUAUCAAAGAUGACAGAGGCACUUACCAUUGAAGCCACAACCUUGCUGCACCAGCUAGCAUCACUGGAUCUGAACAUGUUUCAGGGAAUUUUGGGCAGUGAGGGCAUAUCCCUCGAGUUACGUCAUAUUGCCAGCUACCUCCUUUGGUACUGCUCCCAUUGGCCAUGUGAUGAUAUUCUGCACAAUGUUAUACCUUUAGUGGGAUUCUUUGCAGUUAACAACAAAGAAAAUCAAAUGGUCAUCCAGAGUGGAGAGAUGCCGAGCGUGCUGCAGCAGUUGUGCAACCUCCCGUGGCAGUACUUCAGUGAACCCCGCCUUACAGCCGUGCUCUUCCCAACUCUCCUUGCGUGCAGCCUGGGCAACCAUGACAACAUGCUCAUAUUGCAGCAAGAAAUGAGUUUCCAGGUACUCGAAGACUUCCUGCACAACAGCCAAGCUUUAGACAAACCUCUUGUCCAUAUUCUUCGCAGAACCUAUGUCCAAGGUUAAGAAAGUUAGAGAAUGUAGAUUAUUACAUUUACUUGAAUUUGUAUCUUCUUUACAAAUUUUUAUCUUUGUACAACUCGUUACUUUUGUACGCGGUGGACGGCUUUUAUGUACAUCCCUAGAAAUCUCAAAUAAUCUCAAGAAACCUAUGUGAUUUAAACCCAUAGAGACUUUUAAUUUAUGUGACAAAACAUACUAUGUACCAGAUUUUUUUUCUGUUUUUGCAAGGAAACAUGGACUCAUUCUACACAAGUGAGAAGGAAUCACUGGGGUGUUGUGAUAUGUGGAAUUAUUAUACAGGAAUUCCACUCUGUUAAGAGAGAGGGGAUCAUUUAUGCAGGGAUUCCAUUCAUUGGGAAAGAGAUCCAUGUUUGGCAUUUUAUGCUUUGCUGUAAUUAGAGUAUUGUUACUCUUUAAGGAAAGAGUUACGUGUUAGUUUUGCCAUUUUAACCCUGAAAUGGGUUGGAAAUUUUCUUUUCUUUUUUUCUGCUUAAAUCAGACAUUUUGAUGAGCUUUGUCAUACACACUUGCAUUACAGGUAUUUGUUAGUGAUAGGCUUGUUAAGGUGAUAAGAAACAUUCCAAAAUUUCAUGGAGAGAAGUAUAGAUUUACCAAGAGCAACAGUUUGCUACUUGCAGAAUUCCUAAACAUUUGUUCCUGCCAUAUAUUACUCUCACAGAUAUUAAUAACAAGUGUGCAUUUAUACUGUUACAGCUACGAGAGCUUAAUGUUCCAAUAUGUUAACAUAAUUGACAUUUACUGUUCAUAGAUUUACUGAAAUGAAAUGAAUUUCAGGAUUCAUGGAUAUUAUCGUUAAAGUUAUUACCAAGGUAAUUUCAGUGAGUGAGGAUACUUUGAAAUGAUAAUAUGACUAGUGCCAUUGCAAUGUACCAAGUGUAUCUUGAAGCUUUUACUCUAUACUGUUUACUGAACAUUGCAGUCACUUAGCCAAAAAUAAUAGUAUGUGAUAAUAACUAGUGAAUAGAUAGGCCGUAGGCUAGAUAUGUUGUUGGUUUUCACAAUGUAGACUUUACUAUACAUUGUUGCCUUAAGAUGUUAGUCACACAGUUAUUGUUAUUAUUAUUUUGUUUUUAAGUUGCAGUUUUCAGUAUUUGUGAAUUCCAGUAUAGUCAUACUUUUGUUUUGUUCCACGUGUCUAGCUGUACCUCAUUUUCUUAAUGAAAAAGUAAAAAACAA